AUGUAUGCUCUUUCGAGCAAAUCUUCAUGUAUCAAAGUACGGAUAAUAUUAGUGGAAGCGGAUGCUAAGAAGGAAGAAGAGAAUAAGAAAGGGAAGAACAACAAGAGAAGAGGUAAACAAAACUCAGAAUCAUCUAAGAAGCAACAGACAAUGAUUGUCCAUGUAACAACCCAAGCUACCACAACACCACAUGCUCCAGCCUCAUCCACGUCGAAUGCUCUGAAACAGUACACUGGGAAUCUUCCCAAGUGUAACAAAUGUAACUACCAUCACCACAGGGAAUGCAGAGAGAUGAUGUGCACAAGAUGCAACCGGAAGGGCCAUACAACAAAGUAUUGUAGGACCCAACUUCCACAAAACCAGAUGCCCAACAACAACAACAACAACAACAACAACAACACAAAGGAUGGAGCCAGUUAUACCUGUUGUGGGUGCAGGAAGACCGGACAUUUCAGGCGGAAAUGUCCCAAUGCAAACAACCAGGCGACAGGAGUGGCAGGAAGAGUGCUGACUAUGGGUUAA